AUGAAACCAGCGGUGCAGCAGGUGGAGACGACAGCCCAGGAGUCGUCCAGCGUGGUGCCAGGGGUGGUCGUCGUCCGGGAGGAGGUCGCCGCAGCGUGCCCAGCUGUCCCGGAGGUGGAGGCGACAGUCCAGGAGUCUGCCAGCGCGGUGCCGGGGGUGGUCGUCGGUCAGGAGGAGGUCGCCGCAUCGUGCCCUGCUGUCCCAGAGGAGCGACAGAAGAUCUUCAAAGCUAAGGCUGUUUUUGUUCCUUCUGUUUGUGUUAGUGAUGUUAAGUCAGAGUCUAGCGCUAAUGCUGUGGCAACAGGGUCUAACAUAGAUAGCAGCAGGAUUAGGCUAGCUAAAGUUGUGCGCGGGUCGUUUCAUCAGGGAAAUGCCCGAUUUGUGUAUGGUGGAGUGCAGUGUAUGGCUAUAGCUUUGGUCAGCUUAGCCAAACACACGGUGAGGAGCGCGUUCUCGUGGGACAGGCUGGAUCUGGAUCGCGCGUUGGUUGAAGGUGAUGAGUUGUACACGAGUUUGCGUGACCUCAACAUCUUCAGCCAUGUGUCUAAUCUGCUGUCUGUGCCAGAUUUGCCACAACAGCUGGAAUUAGACGGACAGUUGUUUAGGUUCGGUUUUGGUGACACAGUGUUAGGCGAAGUAGGCGUGACCGAAGGUGAAUACAUCGAUUUCGGUGUAUUCAUCAGCUUGCGGAAUGGACUGGAGCGGAUCUUCAGUCAAUACACCACAUGUCUUUUGACAAUGUGCGGAAACACCACUGCCAUCGUGCGUGAGGGUGGACGGUUCGCUGUGGUCGACAGUCACUCACGCAGUAGCACUGGCUUGUUACACCACAAUGGUACAAGCGUGGUUCUGCAUUUCGCGUGUCUCGACGACCUGCACCACUACAUCUGUCGUUUGGCCGACAGUCUCCGUUCGAGGGAGAAGCUCUUUGAGCUGUGUGGUGUCACGGUCAGCACAGGUGCAAGUCCAGCGCGGUCUGGUGUGUCUGUGGAGAGUGUCAUCACUGGGAUGAGCGCUGCUCCAGCACCAGAGUCCACGAGCAUGGAAGGGUCUCUGCUUCAGGUUAAGCUGAAGCGGAAACUCACUUAUAAAGGGUAUUACGAGUACCAGUUUGUCGAUACGUUGCGUGUAAGACAGGCGCUAGAGUAUUUAAAGAGGACAAAUGUUCAUUAUACAGAUAUUGAGUUUAAUGAGGACUGGAUUAACGAGUUUGUUAGGGAAGAAGAUAGGGAGAAGGAAGAGGCCGAGUCAGGCAGUGAGGAUGAGGCUGAGGAAUCUUCUGACCAGCAUCCUGAAACAGGAAGGCAGAUCGCAGACGGUAGAGGAUUUGGAGUGGGCUGA